CGGCGACUUUUGUCCAAACGGACUCAAACGUCAACAUUUACGAGCGAGGCAAAAAUUCACGUGAUGCGACUGUUUUCCGACUGCGCAAUUAGAGUUAAGUUUACAAUUGUCGGACCGACACACGAUACGCCUCUUUAGAUCUUGUCUACGUGGAGCGUGUUUUGCAGAAAGCUCGGUGAAUAGGGCAUACAGAGAACCAACGGAAGUUUCUGAAGAGAGAAAGCACAAAAGUCGGUAGCGUCGGCGCUGAGAGGGGAAUACCUUUGCUACGUCAUCACCUUAUUACCAUGGGUGGCCGCCACAGGAGGAAGUCGGAAACUGCCUAAAUGAGUUGGGCAGCCCAGAGGAGUACAACUCUCCGAGGGCGUCCGUCCGGUAGUCAGCGAGACUGGCGGGGGUAUAAAGCCGCACGUGUCGAGCCAACCGCAGUACAGCACAGCCAACAGCGUCGGAAACAUCGUCCUCAUCCAACCGCAGCCCAGAAGCAACAGUUUUACUCUUAAUUCCGCCGACUUUUAAACUGAGAAACACAGAGAGGCUAAUGAGUUCAAAGGCGUUGUUAUUUACCUUCUCGCCACUUCUGCUGGUGUUUUCGUUUUGCCGGUCAGUGCCGAUAGACGACGUGAGGGACGCGAUGGACAGGUCGGUUUCGGCUAACAUUGCCGACGUAGCGGUCGGAAACUUUCCGAUGACUGCCGACAUAACAAGAACAAGGCGAUCGCUUCCGAGCGACGACGUCCCGGACUUCGGCUCGGGGGAAGACCCCCUCUUGACGGGUCUUGCGCCCUCGCACGAUUCCUCUGAGGACUCUGAGGUCACAAGAGACAACAGAUGGGAAAGAAAUAUCGACGACGAUAUCGUGCGGAUGAGGCAGCUGUACUGCCGAGCUGGCGGGCAUCACCUACAGAUCCUCCCCGACGGGAGCAUCAGAGGCACCAGGCACAGCGGAGAUCAGUACGCUGCGUUAGAGAUGGCCCCGGUCCACUUCCGCGGCGUCAUGAGAAUCAAGGGCUACGCCACCGGCCUGCACCUCUGCAUGGACGCUAGGGGGCGCCUCUACGGAUCGUCCGUGUUCACGGAAGAGUGUAAGUUCCGUGAGACCCUGGAGGAGAACCUGUACAACACGUACUACUCCGUCCUGUACGGCACCAGGAGGAAACGCUGGUAUGUGGCCCUCAACAAGCAAGGCCGGCCCCGUAACGCACUGCGCACCAAGCGGAAACACUUGUCCACGCACUUCCUACCGAGACGGGUGUAGGGGGACAUGGGUUUACACUGAACCUUCUCCACUUUAUUGUUGCACAGUGCACUUGUCAAUGCAAACCUGUUGGGUGUAUACAUUAUCAUAUGUUAGAUACCCAAUGUUCAUACGUUGGUCUGGGGAGGAGAAUCUCUUCCUUUUUAACAUACAUUUACAUUGGCAUCAUAUAAAUCAGAUACCCGUGUCGGUGGGAUGCCCCCCAAGAUUGAUAUCGACAAGUGCAUAUGACUUCUCUACGUCAGUGUUAUUUUGUUUCGUGAUGAAAUGGUAAUAUAACAAAAAGAGAUUAAUUUUGCUGUAAAGUGUUAUCUAAUAUUACCGUCUGGUACGGUUUUAUGGAACUUUAUUUAUUGUUUUAAAUAUAUAUUGUUUGUUAGAAAAAGAGUUGAAUGUAAAAGGGCUGCGCCCUACGUGUGUUACAGAGCCAUGGGGAUACAUAGGUAGUGCUGGCACUAGAGAUACUCUAUAUAUUUUACAAUAAUCCAGAACUUAUGUAGUACUGAUAGAGCCUUUCCUAAUAUAUAUUCCCUCUACAGACAUCUAAUCUACUACGUAGAUCAGAUCUAGAAACCAUCUAGUUUUCCUUUAGAAUGACAUUGUCUUAGUGUCAUAAAGUAGCAGAACGCCUUUUAUUCCUGAAAGCAGACUGUGUAGGAGUGGGCAUCACCUCGCAAAUAAUUUUUGGCAUUCGAAAUAAGCGGCCAAGCCAACUCUGUUGUUCUAUGCAAUGAUUUGCCAUGCUAUCUACCUCAGUGCCAGUGGCAUUGUACCUGUUCUUUCAUGCCAUCCAUAAAGGCAUCUCCGUCGAUAUCCGAUUGAAACUGCCCUAAAGGUGUGCGGUAGUGUAGCCUGUCACCUGCAGCCUAUAUUUAGUAUACGACGCUCUGUUAUGACUGACAGUAGAAUCCAUUGCUCUCGAUAUGACGACCGGCUUUUAAACUCCUCAUCUGCUAGUCGGAGAACAUUUGUUGCGACGUUAGCUAGUAAUAGUACCCCAUGUUUGCUUCGACAUUGAAAGUGUGACAAAACGGUGGCUAACCGCUCCACUGUGCUGAGAUAUCUCAUGUAUUCUGUUCUUCACCAAUGGCUCUGAGCCUUCCUAUGA